AUGAGCGAUCUACCCGAGCCUACGACACCGCUCAAGCCGACAUCACGAGCAGAAGAUGAGCAGGCCCCCUGUACGUCAUCAGGCGACUCGCCUUCGAGCGACAGGAUUGUCGAUUUACCCCCUCAGCAACGGAUAUCAAUCUACGUCCAAGCUUUCGAGGAGAUGCUGGACGUCGUACUCCGCUCAGAGAGCUUCCUCUUCUCAGAAACUGAGCUUCGCGUCCUAUCCCGCUGGUCUGCGCUGUCUUACGAAGCGCGAUACCUCUUUGUGAGGCUCUUCAUACGCAAGCACGUCUGGCAUAGAGCAAGUCAGAUAGGCUACGCAGACGAGAUUGCAGAUGUCGCGCGGGCGUGUCACGAGCUGAGCCAACCGGUCUCAGAACUGCCAGAAGCCUCGCCUGGUCUUGACCGGGAAGUCACACCUGCACCAGAGAUGGGCACAGGCACGACGUACUUCAACCCCAUCGUUCUUGUCAGUCCUUCUCGCACAGCCAGCGCUGCUAUUGCUGCUCGCCGUCGGCCUGCUGCACCUGCUACUCCAGAGCGCGUGCGAACGAUAGAAAGCGUUAUGGCGGGAGACGACAGCUUCUUGACAAGCGGCAAUGCAGGCGAACCCAUUUCGAUAGAUGACUCGCCUCAGCGUCCGCCAAGUCGUCCAGCGCCAAGGCCUAUGCAGAGCGCGCCAUCUGCUAGUCCUUCGACGAGCUCGCAAGCAGAGCUACCCGAAUGGGCGCGUACACUAGGCCCGGGUGCCAAGAGGAAUGACGAUCCAGCCAUUGUGCGGUUCGCACGAGAUGAGCAAGUCCUGCGGGAGCAGGACGAUUUGCCUGCAUUGCUGGCCAUGCUUAGUCUCGACGAGCUCAAGCUCAUUGCAAAGGAGAUGCGCAUUUCUAAGUCAGGCACGACGCGCGACAGUAUCAUCAAAGCACUCUCCAGAUCGGCUACUUCUCAGACAACGCUAUCCUUUCUGCCGAAGCGGUCUCCCUCAUUAGAAACCAAAACAAGUGGCAGUCCACAGCUGAGUCUCAAGUUUGACGAAAAGGGCAGAACGCUCUGUCAGGGCGAGAUCAUGGUUGCAAAAGUGUUGACUCGUUUAGGCGCAUGCAUCGAGCUAGAUCAUACUGUCGUCUCACUCUUUCUCCGCGUCCAUCUCAUCUUUCAUCGUUCAAGCGUGCUGUCGUCGGGCACUCUCACUUCAUCUCUAUUGAGUAGAUUCAAGCUACGCAACUAUCCGGAAUAUCAAAUUUCGCGCUCUUUCAAUAUCUUCAAGAGCAGGAGGAGCCUACUCGAUUACGAAAAGGCGCUGCUAGUUGAGCAUAAGAUGGAAGAUUGUCUGGGCGAGCUUUCGGAGACUUGGGCACAGCGAAAGGGUACAGAAUGGCGCACGCAAGGCUACAUCGAAGGCAGGCGAGUUUGGGAAGCUGUCUGGCCGGCUUGGAAGCAGAUGGUACAUCUUGCCGAAGAGGAGGAUCGUAUCAAGCUUGAGAAGGAAGACAUAGACGAUCGACUGACAUACUAUCGCAAGCGCUUCCAUCCUGCCUGGCCUCUCACGCGUGUCGUAUACAAAGGCGCACAGAUCUUGUCGAAGCUCAAGGAGUAUCAGCUCGAAGUUGAAUGCUUACAAGCGCUGCUCGCACAGAAAUGCUUUCGACGCGGCAAACGCGGUGCCUGGUACGAGAGAUUGGCUCUGGUGAUCAUGAAUCAUCUCGACGAUGACAAAGAUCGUCGGCGGAAGCAAGCAUUGAAGAUCUGUCUGCGCGGUCUCGAAGAUCCCUUCACGCACAUCAUAUACAAACACGCACUCCAGCGACGGAUCAUGCGACUCGAGUCCCUGCUGAAGCUCGAUGACAUCAGGAAGCAUACUUUCAACUACGUUGGCUUGCGCGCAGCUACCCGACGAACACUCGAAGGCGAGAAGCUCAGCGAAGGCGAGACGGGUAAGAAGAGUAGCUGGCGAGCCAUGGACGGCGCUGAAGUCAACGUCGAACAACUCUCGCUCGAGUAUUACGAGCGCCAAGGCUUCAAAGGCUUUCAUUGCGAGAAUGGAAUCCUGACGACCAUAUUCGGCUUGCUGUUCUGGGACGUCCUCUUUGCGCCCGUCGAUGGCGUGUUCGAGACCGCCUAUCAAUCUGCCCCGCUCGAUCUUGCAACGGAUGCUUUCAGUAUUGUCCGUGCUGGUUUGGUCAAGGAGCGACUGGCGGCCAUCGCAGACGGCCAGGCUGAAGCGCUUCUCUCUGCCGUUGACGAUCGCGAGCGGCCCCGUAAUUCCUGGUGCAUUGGCGUCAGAUGGGGAUACACACGCGAGGAUCUCCUCGCUAUUGUUCGGUGCUUGGGCGGUCGAGCUCUCGAAACCAUCUGUACCGUCUUCGCCGAGGAGUACGGACAUCGCGUGGGAGGUAUUCCCGACCUCUGCAUGUGGAACGAAGAGCAAUCAAUCUGCAAAUUUGUCGAAGUCAAAGGACCUGGCGACCGCUUGUCGGAGACGCAGCACGUCUGGAUCGAUCUUUUGCUCACUGCUGGCGUGCCCGUCGAGCUAUGCGCAGUCGUGCAAUCGGGCGAAGACUUUCAUGAUUCGCAAGAUGACACGGUCGACGAAAGCGAAGAGGAGCUACCCGCGAACAAGAAGCGGCCGAGUCCACUGAUGAAGCGCAAAUCCAGUACUGACGAAAAGCCUGUGAAAUCUUCCAAGCGAGCAUUAGACAGGCCCAAGCUGAAGAGGGAGACUUCGGCACAAGCUGAAUCAAAGCCGUUACAGGCACGUAAGAAGAAAGACAACGUAGCUUCGAGCAAGCGCAUCAAAUUAGCAUUGGAAGACAGCUGCGAAGUCAUCGUGCUCGACUGA